AUGCGGAAAUUGAAUGAGAGAACGUCGACAGCAACGGCGACGGCGAGUGUUAAAGAAAUCCGUGAACGACUUGAACGUUCAGCUGCAGCUCAGUCAUUAGGAAUUAACAAAUGCUUCAAUGAUAAUUAUUUAGAAGCGAGUGGAAAUAAUUCGGAGGAUCAUACUGAUUCAUUAUGUAUUGAUCAAAAGCAAUCAAUUUUACGAAAAAUUAACAGACCUCCAAUAGCACCAAAGCCACUUAAUAUAAAGUCAACAUCUCACGAAAUCCCUUCGCAAAUUCCUAAUACUAUUAUUCAAAAUGACAUUGGAUUCGCUGCUUAUGAACUUGAUUCUGCAUGUUGUAGUAACAUUCCUUGUGCUUCUACGGAAAAUUCAUCCUCUUGCAGCAAUCAAAAGACAGACAGAAAGACAGAUAUUUAUGAGCCAAAUGAUGGACGAUCAAUGAAUGUAAAGGAUGUCGUGGCUCGUUUCGAUAAAGUUAUAUUAAAUAAUUUUGUUGUUAGAUCGAAUCAAUUUCGAUUUAGUGCUGGCCAGUUAACUGUACCUUCACUUGAUGAGCAAAGGAUAUCUUCUGUUGAUUCGUGGAGUGAUCAAAAGAAUGCUUCAGAUUCAGAUACAGAUACAAUUAGUCUUGAAGAAUUCGUUGAGUUACCUUUAAACAGACGUGUUUCUGAAUUGGGUGAUGAAGUUCUUAAUCAAUCAGUCUUUAAAAAAGGCGUCAGUUUUUGGAAGUCUACUAGUGCUUUGCAAAAUGAAUCGUUUCUUCCUUCAGAUAUCGGACAAAUACGAAAUCAUUCAGCCAAGCAGAAUAGAAGCGCAAUAAGUGAUCCACUUAACAGCAAGGAUUCAAAAAACAAAAUAAAUUUGCGUCAUCACAGUGAAAAUGAUGAAAGGCUUAGCAAUGCAAGUGCGAUUAGCGGAAUGAGUAUGAUGACAAUGAAUCUAUCUGAUUCGCAGUACGAUUAUAUAAAUUACUGGGAUGCCAAUCCUGAAGAGGAAAAGCGACUAAAAAAACUUCAUUAUGCCGCAAAGGAAAUAUAUACUGUUGAAAUGAAGUUUGUCGCUCAAUUAGAAAUCAUUGCUGAGGAAUAUCCAAAGUUUUUGAUUCAUUAUGGCGAACAACUAGGUGUGGAUCUUUUACCGACGCAGUCAUCAGGACAACCACAUAUCAUUCGACAAAUCGCCAUUCAAUUGUCAAUGAUAAAGGAAGCGCAUAAAGUUCUUCUAGAAAAAUUUGCGGCAAAAAUGUCAAUAUGGAAUUCUCGCUCCCCCGACAUGGCUGAAUGCUUGAAAAAUGGGGCUCCUUUCUUAAAAUAUUGUUUGCCUUACUUGAAAGAAAAAAAACGAUUUGUCGAUGAACUGUUAAAACAACUGCAAGAAAACGAACUAUUAUCGAAAGCAACCACCAAAUUUGAAGAACUAUGUUCUUCGAAAAUCUCUGUGGUGCAACAGUUGGACAUUGUUCAUCAAAAUGUCGUUCGGUACAAUAUAUUAUUAGAUGCUUAUAAAAAAUAUUUGCCAGCUGAUUCAAGAGAAAAAUUGGAGUGCGAAGAUGCGAUUGUUGAACUUUCGAAGAUAUCAGAAUUAGUCAAUCAUCAAAUAAGUUUAGCUGAAAUGGAAAAAAGGCUGAUAAAUAUAUAUAGACGUCUAGAAGUGAAAUAUUCCGUUAUCAAUUCAUUGUUAACAUAUAGAAUACUUAAGGGAAAAUUCAAUGUUUUUGAAGCAAAUCGACAUUUACUUCAUGAAGGCGAACUUAUGAAACAAUCAAGGAAAGAUUUACAACCUCGCUAUCUCAUCUUGUUCUCAGAUGUGCUGCUUAUUUGUAAAUAUCCUCGAACGCCAAAUUUAGUUUCCGAGAUUUUUCAACCAGAUUUUUAUCGUUUUAAUAUAGCUCGUAUACGAGUUAAAGCUGAAGAGCAUGGUGAAUAUGAGACUCACUUUCAAUUGCUAACCACUGAAAAAAGUGCUGUUUUCAUUGCCAAGACAAAGAGAGAGCGAGACGAAUGGGUAAAAAGAUUGAACCAAGCCAAAACUGAAGCAAAAAAACUUCGAAAAAUGAAUCGUUAUGCAAAACUGUCAGAUGUUCGAAUUUUUCAUAAAGGAGAUAAAUUGGUUGGUAAAAAAAAUAUUGAACCAAGAACAGCUGAAAAAGAUACGUCUGAUAAUGAGACUUCGCCAACUUAUGUUCCCGUGAAAGAAAAAUAUAUGGCACUUUGGAUACCGGACCCUAAAGCUACUUCAUGCAUGAUGUCCGGAUGCACUACAAAAUUCAAUGUCUUUAACAGGCGGCAUCACUGUCGUGAAUGCGGCUGGUUAAUAUGCCAUUCUUGUGUUGGUUAUGCUCCAGUGAAGAAUGGGUCUAAUUUUAUUAAAGGAAAAGUUUGUCCCGAAUGCUUCACUAAAAUCGAUGGAACAUGGGAGGGUGAUCGUUCUUCUGGACUUUUUCUUCCACCUCCAGGAGGAUAUCGUGAAAAAACAAUAAUACGCGGUCGAGAUGAAGAUGGAACUGUAUCUGGAACUGUUUACAUUAGGAAUAAGCGGCUCGGUGAAAUUGAAAAAUGGGGUCGUCUUAUUCGUCAUGACGAUGGAGCCACGGUCCUUUAUUUCUUUGAUGCUGAAUUUGAUUCCAAACCAUUUGCGCGACAUGUUUUGUUGGGUUUUGAAUUGACAGUAAAUGAAUUGGAGGAAGGAGGACGGCUUUUUGAACUUCAUCAUCAUAAUCAAAUGUUGGGACAGUCUCUGUCGAUAGUAUUUCGAGUUGCUCAUUCCGGAAAUGCAGAAAAAUGGAAUCGUGCAUUGAUCGAAGGUGUUAAGGCUUUCGAAUCAUUUAAUUUGAACUGUGAUCAAAGCAAUUUUUCUUCUUAG